AUGGUUCCGAUGCUGGAUGCUGAUGCUGAGGUUGUGAGUGGCGGUGGCAGGGGACCCUCCCUCCCCACAAAGCAGGGACAGCUGACCUUCAGGGAUGUGACCAUAGAAUUCUCUGAGGAGGAGUGGGGAUGCCUGACCCACACUCAGCGGCAACUGUACAGGAAUGUGAUGUCGGAGAACUACGGACACCUCCUCUUCUUGGACUGGGACAAUGAUGGGGAGAGUGAAGGGCCACAAAGAAAUCCUGGACGAUACACCCAAACCAAGGCAAUUGGCCUUAAUGAGAAUGUCACUGUCCCAAAUGGUGAAGUAUAUAAACCAGUGCAGAAAACCUCCCUUUUUAAGUCAACUAUUUCUACAGAGCAGAGUGUUUCUGUCAGCACAACCUCCAAUCAGAUAGUCAACCAUAGCGAUUUGUCAACAGACCACUUGGAACAUCUGGAAAGUAACCUAGUCCAUGCUGAGAGUAAUGAUUUGAGCCAUUUGGAAAAUAGGAUUGGUCUGACUUUAAAUCAGAGAGUCAGAAUUGCUCAGUGCACUGAAUCUGAGAAAACAUUGAACCAGGGCUCCAGGGUUCACAGAUGUGUCAGGGCUAGGUUUGCAGAGAACCAUUAUGAAUGUGAUAAAUGUGGGGAAGGCUUUCAUCCAAGCUCUAACCUCAGUAUACAUAAUGGUCACCAUUUGGGAGACAGUCCUCAUAAAUAUAAUGAAUGUUGGAAAGCUUGUAACCAGUCCUCCAGUGUUGCUGAUCAUCAGAGAAUUCAUGAGGGAAAAAGCCCUUACAUUUUUAAGGAAUGCGGUAAAUCCUUUGAUUGCCACUCAACACUAUCUCAACAUCAGCCAAUACAUACUGGAGAAAAAAUACACAAAUGUGAAGAAGGUGGUCAAACCUUUAAGGACUGUUCAUCAAAAAAUGGACAUUCGCAGAUCUAUUCUGGAGAGAAACCCUGCAAAUGUCAAGAAUGUGGCAAGGCUUUUAACAAUCACUCAACCUUUACAUCAUGCUCAAAACUUAUUCAACAUCAGAGAAUUCAUAGUGGAGAUAAACCUUACCAGUGUCAACAAUGUGGCAAGAGCUUUGAUCACAGCUCAACCCUUACUCGACAUCACAGAAUUCAUACUGGAGAGAAACCUUACCAAUGUCCAGAAUGUGGCAAGAGUUUUAACCAGAGGUCAUCCCUUAUUAAACAUCACAGAAUUCAUACUGGAGAGAAACCUUACCAAUGUCAAGAAUGUGGCAAGAGCUUUAACCAGAAGUCAUCCCUUAUUCAACAUCACAGAAUUCAUACUGGAGAGAAACCUUACCAAUGUCAAAAAUGUGGCAAGGCCUUUAACUGCCUUUCACACCUUUCUGAACAUCAUAGAAUUCAUACUGGAAAGAAACCUUACCAGUGUCAAGAAUGUGGUAAGGCCUAUGCUGUCCAUUCACAACUUACUAAGCAUCACAGAAUUCAUACUGGAGAAAAACCUUACCAAUGUCAAGAAUGUGGCAAGGCCUUUAGUGACAGGUCAAUCCUUACUGAACAUCACAGAAUUCAUAGUGGAGAAAAACCGUACCAAUGUCAAGAAUGUGGCAAGGCCUUUACCUGGAGGUCAAAUCUUUCUCGGCAUCAGAAAACUCACAGUGAAGAGAAACCUUACCAAUGUAAAGAAUGUGGCAAGGCCUUCAAGUGGAGGUCACAUCUUUGUGAACAUCACAAUAUUCAUAAUGCAGAGAAACCUUACCAAUGUCAAGAAUGUGGCAAGGCCUUUAACUGGAGCUCAACUCUAAUUGAACAUUGCAGAACUCAUACUGGAGCGAAACCUUACCAAUGUAAAAUAUGUGGCAAGGCCUUUAACUGCCUUUCACGCCUUUCUCAACAUCAUAGAAUUCAUACUGGGGAGAAACCUUACCAAUAUCAAGAAUGUGGCAAGACCUUUCGUAACAGGUCAGCCCGUACUCAACAUCACAGAACUCACACUAGAGAGAAACCUUACCAAUGUCAAGAAUGUGGUAAGGCCUUUAUCCACAAAUCAAACCUUAUACAACAUCACAGAAUUCAUACUGGAGAGAAACCUUACCACUGUCAUGAAUGUGGCAAGUCCUUUAGCUGGAGCUCAACUCUUACUGAAAAUUACAGAACUCAUACUGGAAAGGAACCUUACCAAUGUCAAAAAUGUGGCAAGGCCUUUAUCUGCCUUCCACACCUUACUCAACAUCAUAGAUUUCAUACUGGAGAGAAACCUUACCAAUGUCAGGAAUAUGGCAAGGCCUUUAAGGUGAACUCAUACCUUAGUUGA